AUGUCGCAGCACUUGAGCAAUUUACACAUGGUGACUAACAAAUAUUACAGCUGCUUGAUUCCAAGUAAUAGCCUUCAAUACACUUAGAGCAACUUGAAUUUCCAGAUUACGAACAUUCUGUGCAGGGCGAUUCGCAAGAUUGACAAGUCUUACUUGAACUGAUGUAAUAGGAUCCAACAACACAACUUAAGCAAGCCGAAGCGGAUUCGCAAGUGUCACAUGGGGAUGAGCAUUGUUAGCAGGAAUUAUUAUUCAAAAAGUAUUUGGAAUUGCAAGAUAAACAAUGA